UUGAAAGCAAUGAUUUUAUCGAUAGUACGAUAGAUGUUUUUGCAGCUCUAGUCGACGCAGCUCUUAAGGUUCGUGUGCGCGACGAAAAAAUAUAAAAUCGUAACGAGCAGAGAGAGGAGCGAAAAAACGUGUGAAAACUACAUUAAAAAAAGAGCGGCGCUAUCGUCCAAUUUCAAAAUCGCCUUCUUCGUUAGUGUUACGUUGUCGUCGUCGUCUCGUUCGUCCUUUUUUCGCCUUCUUUCGUGCAACACCAACAUCAGUAACGACAUCAGAAGCAGCAGCAGCAGCAGCAACAAGAAGAGCAACAGCAUCAGGAUCAUCACAACUCGCCAUGCCAUCAUAUGCAGAUGCAUUAAAAUAACGCAAAACAACAAAAUCAGCAUAAAACACCAAAAACAAAGCAAAACAACAAAAGUAUAAGGAGGCUCGCAAAAAUGUUUACAAAUUUGCAUUAAGUUUUAAGUUAAAAAGGAAACGAAGGAGAAGUACUGCAACAAGGAGGAGUAAAAGGCAGCAUCAAUCGUGUGUUUAUGUAUGUGUGUCACAGAAUAUAAUAGUUGUCCCUCUCGCGCCUACACCCGGUAAUCUAGCCGCUCACGAAACCAAAGUCUCGCUCUCGCUCCCUGGACUUUCUAGGCUUUGCAACUUCAUUUACUACGUGCGGAGAGACCUCGUGGCAUGGCUCUCUUGGGAGAGCGGCAGGUCGUUAGGGAGCAGCAGCUGCAGAAUCAACAACAGUAAAUAGUUAAGCUAAAAGUAUAUGCAAAGGUGAGGAGAAUUAGGUAAAGCAGAAGCUCAGAAGCCAAACAAAAAGGAAUAAGCAGGAUCCAAUAGAUAAUAACAAAUUAAAUCGUAGGAGAGCCCUCAAUAGAAAAGCAUCAUGACCACUUUGGAGGAGCCUGUCAAGGCGGUGGUGGACACGGUGGAUCCGUGUCCAUCCAUCAAUAACAGCCUAAAGACCGUCCUCAGCGACGAUGCCUCCAAUUCGUCGGUGCUGGAGGACACCGAUGCGAGCAACACGAGCAGUAGUUCCAGCACCAGCAGCUCAUCCAGCAGCAGCUCUAGCUCCAGCUCUGGAUCGUGUUCGGGCUCUGCUACGGACACGGACACUGGCAAGGGCAGCAGCGCUGUAGGCAGCCUUGAUGUGACCAGUGUGAGCUCCUCGAGCAUUGGAUCAGCUGCCUCCAUCACCUCAUCGGUCACCGCAGCCGUCGGACCGCCUGUUAUGGUAAACUCUAGCUCAUUAACGGGCUUGGGAUUGGGCCUUGGACUAGGCCUGGGACUGGUGGUGGAUGUGGACAGUACUGGGAGCAGCCAGGAGCUGAGCAGCCACGGCGUUACCGAGCUGGACUCGCUGGAGGACUCGUGCAAUGGCCUGAUGAUCAAGGACGGGGAUAAGAUGUGCAAGCUGUGCAGUUCGCGCCUUGUGAUGCCACGCAUCCUGUCCUGCCUGCACGUCUUCUGCGAGGAUUGCCUGCAGGCGGUGGUGUCCAAGGAUUCAAUGUCGGCCAGCUCGCCAACCAGCUGCUCCUCAUCUUCGUUCGAUGGCAGCGAGCAUCAGGUUCAUCGCCUGCAUACGCCUCCGCUUCUCGAAUGCCCCGUUUGCAAGCAGGUAACACCUCUGGGCCCAAAGGGCGUCCAGGGUCUGACCUGUGACUAUAUCGUGACCAAUGUUUUGGAUCUGUCCAACCUGGAGUCGGAGCACAUUGCCUGCACGUCAUGCAAGAGCAAGGAAGAGGCUAUUUCGCGUUGCAACGACUGCGCCAACUUUCUGUGCAAUGGCUGCGACAAUGCCCACAAGUACAUGCGCUGUUUCGAGAACCAUCAGGUGGUCCGCAUCGAGGACCUGCAGAAGAACGUCCACGACAAGCUGAUUAUACACAAGCCUGUGUGCUGCCUGCAGCAUGUGAGCGAGAAUCUCAAGUACUACUGCUUCACCUGCCAGGUGCCCACCUGCAACGAUUGCCUGCUAAGCGAGCACAAGGGCAAUGAUCAUCACUACGAAACUGCCACGGUGGCGGAGCAGGCGGUACGCGCCGAUCUUGAGCAUACACUGAUCGAGGCCUUGAAGAAGGCCGAUUACUGCAACGAUGCCGGCGGCAAUCUAAGCAGCGCUCUUACGGAACUACAAUCGCAGCACGACACGGUGCGCCAGCAGAUCGAGGAUGCGUUCAAGAACUACAAGCGCAUGCUGGAGACCAUUAAGGAGGAAAUGCUCGCCGAGCUGGGGCGCCUACACUCUGAUAGCGAACUGAAGAUCAUGGAUUUGAUGCAGAGUCUGGAGAACAACAUGGGCAAGCUACAGCAGGCGGCGCAAUUCGGUCAGCGGGCCAUUGACAAGGCCAAUGCCGUAGAGUUUCUACUGCUGAAGCCGGUGAUUGCGGCCCAGUGCUUUAAUCUCAUUGCACAGACGCCCAAGUAUGAUGUCACCUAUCAGCUGCAGUUCCAGACCAAGCCGGAGAAGUUUGAGCAGUUUGCGCGGGAGAUGUUUGGCAAGUUCCUAACGGACACGAGCGGUGGCUCCAGUAGCCCCAAGAAGCAAUCGCUGAAGCAGCAGGAGCAACAUCAGCAGCAGCAACAUCAGCAGCAGCAGCAGCAGCAGCAGCAACAUCAGCAGCAGCAGCAAGUUCAGCAGCAACAGCAGGUUCAGCAACAGCAGCUGCAACAGCAACAACAACAACAGCAGCAGCACAAUGCAAACAAUUUGAUUGUUGGCCAUCGGGGCAGCUCCUCUGUCCAAGGACGCCUCAGUUCGGCUGUAUUUAGUCCCAUUUCGCUGCCGUCUUCGCUGCAGAGUUCUUUCGACGGUGAUACCAACUCAGUGAUGACCAAUUUCUCAAUGAUGGACUCGCCGCCGCAGCAAUCGUCUCAACAGCAGCUGCCUUCUUCACAACAACAACAACAGCAGCAGCAGCAGUCUCAGCAGCAGGUAGUGCUGCAUCAGCAGCAGCAGCAGAAACACCAGCAGCACCAACAGCAGCAACAACAGUUGCAGUUGCAGCAGCAACCACCAGCCCAGCAGGCGCUGCCCCAGCAGAUGGGCCAGCUUGUGGUACCGCAGGGCAUCGUCCAGCAGGCUGGACAACAUGUCGGUCUCAAUGCCGGUCCCAGUGCGAAUCUGUCCAUCAACAAUGGACCACCGCCCAGCUUCAGCAUGCUGGAGUACAAUAUUUCUCGGCUGGCGAGCCUAACUGAAUCGAUACCGGAUACUCUCAGUGAUGCUCUGGUCGUGGGUGGGGCUGGAUCCGGUCCAGGACCGAGUGUUGUUGCCCAAGUGCCUGGUGGUUCGGCGGUGACUGGCAGUGCCGUUGUUGGUGCCCCACAUCCGCAUCAGCAACAGCAGCAGCAGCAACAACAGCAGCAGCAGCAGGCUGUGAUGCCGGCAUCAGGAGUGACGCAGCCGGCGCCGCCAAUUACCCUGGCGGACAUCCUAUCCGGCGAUCAGCGGGCGCUCAACAAUCUCCAAGCGCUGGCCAAGCUGGGACUCAACAACAAUGAUGAUCUUUUGUCGAGUGGAAGUUCAUCGGGCAUUGAUUUUUUGCCAGAUUUCUGCCUGCCACCGGCCACAUCUCCCAACCUUCAGACCCUCAAUCCAAUUGUGGGCGGCGUGGAGGACAUGGGCCUUAAUAAUUUCCAUGCUGUGGCACCGCCGGGUACCACCAGUGUUGUUACCGGUCGCAACAAGGCCACGCCUAUGCAGAUUCGCUGCAAAUUUGGUUCCCUGGGCACGGCCAAGGGUCAGUUUAAUUCACCGCACGGCUUCUGUUUGGGCGUCGACGAGGAGAUCAUUGUGGCGGAUACGAAUAACCAUCGCAUCGAGGUCUUUGACAAAAUGGGAGCCCUGAAGUUUCAGUUCGGUGUGGCUGGCAAGGAGGAGGGUCAGCUCUGGUAUCCACGCAAGGUGGCCGUGAUGCAUAACAAUGGCAAAUUUGUGGUCUGCGAUCGCGGCAAUGAGCGCUCCCGAAUGCAGAUAUUUUCCAAAUGCGGACACUUUAUGCGCAAGAUAGCCAUCAGAUAUAUAGACAUUGUUGCUGGACUGGCUGUCACCGCCAAGGGCCACAUUGUGGCCGUGGACAGUGUCUCGCCCACGGUGUUUGUGAUCUCCGAGGAGGGUGAACUGGUCCGCUGGUUCGACUGCAGCGACUAUAUGCGCGAGCCCUCCGACAUAGCCAUUCGAGACAACGACUUCUAUGUGUGCGACUUUAAAGGCCAUUGCGUGGCCGUUUUUCAGGACGACGGCACAUUCCUUUAUCGCAUUGGCAACGAGAAAGUCACCUGCUUUCCCAACGGCAUCGAUAUAUCCAAUGCCGGGGAUGUGCUUAUUGGUGAUUCUCAUGGUAAUCGCUUCCACGUGGCCUGCUAUUCGCGGGAGGGCGCCCUCCAGUCGGAGUUUGAGUGUCCUCAUGUAAAGGUUUCACGCUGCUGCGGCCUAAAAAUCACAUCCGAGGGCUAUGUGGUAACGCUGGCCAAGAACAAUCAUCAUGUUCUGGUUCUCAACACCCUCUAUGUUCACUGAUUGCAAAUCAAGGCGCGCAACAAUCGUCCAUCAGUCGAUAUAGUCAAAUACAACUACAAAUACUCGUCGGGCAAGAUAUACGGCUGUCGACGUCAGCAGCAGCAACAGCAGCAGCAACAGCAAGCAAACAGCAGCAUUGACAUGAGCAACAAUUUUCUGGCUAGAAAGCAGCAACAACAAGGACAUCAACAAGAGUGCAACGAAGAGGACACCACCACCAACAGCAAUUACAACAACAACAACAAUAAUAACAAUUACAACAAUAACAACAACAAUUACAACAACCAACAGCUGCCGUCGUUAGCAACAGCACCGUCACGCGAGUGAAUAUAAAUA